AUGACGAAGAUCAAGAACGAAGUCAGUGCUGGCGGAGGUGACCCCUACUUUGAAGCUAUUCAUUAUUACCAAGAACAUGUCUGUAUUGUCCUGGCAGCAUGCGAAAGGGCUGAAAUUACGUUCGAAGACAAAGGAGAUUUCUGGAAGAUCAACUUUCCGAUCGUACUUGUUCUGCACUUCGGGCCCUACGUGGAUAUCGCCGUUGCCACAUUUGCGGACAAACUCAACGUCGAACACCUCACUAGCUUCAGCGUGCACGCACACCCCACCAACACCCAAAGCGACGCUCCUCUCCGAUCGUGGGCCACGCGGCUGCUUCCCUUCCACGAUUACUACGCCGAUGCCGAGGGCCACCGACACGAAUUCGAGUACCUCGAAGCACUUGAGGACAAGAGGCUCUUCCGUGCUCGCACGAAAGUGGACGGCAAGCCGCUGUACGUCAAGUUCAGCACACGCUACUGCAAGGAGGCCCAUCGCGCAGCGUUCGAGUCCGGUUUCGCACCAAAGCUCUAUGCUGCCGAAAAGGUCUAUGAUUGGACUAUGAUCGUCAUGGAAGACAAAUCCGCGGAUUACACGAGUCUAUGGGACGCGAAAUACAACAAGGGCGGCAAACACUGGACGGCGCUAGAGCAUGUGCGGGCGAAGGUGCGAGACGGGCUCAGGAGCUUGCACAAGCAGGGUUAUGUGCACGGCGACGUGCGCGAUGUGAACGUGCUCGUGCGCAAUGCGACCGCGCCCAAGACUCAGCCGGCCGCGCUACUCGUUGACUGGGACUGGGCCGGGGAGAAAUCAUCUGCUAGAUACCCCUACCGGAUGAAUCUGGUUGACGUCAAGCGUCCGGAUGAUGCUCGUCCAGGCGAGGAGAUCAAGGAGGCCCAUGAUAUGUGGAUGGCGGACAGGAUUUGA